AUUACAUGAAGAGAUCAGCUUACCAGUUUUCUUCAGAGCAGAGGCUGAGCUCGGAGCGCCGGGUAGUACAGUGAGGGAGAGCCGAGGGAACCAGCGCGGUGCCUAGCGGAACUCCAGGGCUGGAAUCCCGAGACACAAGUGCAUCUGCUAGCUGUUAGCACUUGGCAGACGGAGUUCUCCUCUAGGGUAGCUCUAACUUUGGGUAAUAAUGUUUGUCAGCUACCUGAUAUUAACAUUGCUCCACGUUCAAACAGCAAUGUUAGCAAGACCUGGGGGAGAGAGCAUUGGCUGUGACGACUACCUAGGCUCCGAUAAAGUCGUGGACAAAUGCGGGGUAUGCGGAGGCGAUAACACGGGCUGCCAGGUGGUGUCUGGGGUGUUUAAGCAUGCCCUUACCAGCCUGGGAUACCACCGAGUUGUGGAGAUUCCCCAAGGAGCCACAAAAAUCAACAUCACCGAGAUGCACAAAAGCAACAACUACUUGGCCUUGCGAAGUCGUUCUGGCCGCUCCAUCAUCAAUGGGAACUGGGCGAUUGACCGUCCUGGAAAGUAUGAGGGCGGAGGGACCAUGUUCACCUACAAGCGUCCCAAUGAGAUCUCGAGCACUGCUGGCGAGUCCUUUUUGGCCGAAGGUCCCACUAACGAAAUCUUGGAUGUCUAUAUGAUACACCAGCAACCCAACCCAGGAGUUCACUAUGAGUAUGUCAUCAUGGGAACCAACGCCAUCAGCCCACAGGUGCCACCUCACAGGAGACCAGGGGAACCCCUCAAUGGCCAGCUGGAUGAAGAAGGUAGAAGCCAGGAAGAUGGAGAAGAGAAAGAGAAGAACGGGGAGAAGGAAGAMUUGCACGGGGAGGCAUCUGAAAUCUUCACCUCAGAAUCGGUGCAGACCUUCCCGGUCAGGCAUCCAGAUAGAUUUUCUUCCCAUCGACCAGACAACUUGGUACCACCAGUGCCACAGCCCCCACGAAGAAGCCGGGAUCACAACUGGAAGCAGCUGGGGACAACAGAAUGUUCAACAACCUGUGGGAAAGGAUCACAGUACCCUAUUUUCCGCUGUGUGCACAGAAACACUCACGAAGAGGUUCCAGAGAGCUUCUGUGACUCCAGCAUGAAGCCAACCCCAGAGGAGGAGCCCUGCAACCUCUUCCCUUGCCCAGCCUUCUGGGACAUCGGGGAGUGGUCUGAAUGCAGCAAAACUUGUGGCUUGGGCAUGCAGCACCGCCAGGUUCUGUGCCGCCAGGUGUACGCCAACCGCAGCCUGACGGUGCAGCCCUACCGCUGCCAGCACCUGGAGAAGCCUGAGACCACCAGCACCUGCCAACUCAAGAUCUGCAGCGAGUGGCAGAUCCGGACUGACUGGACCUCGUGCUCAGUGCCCUGUGGAGUGGGACAGAGGACCCGAGAUGUGAAGUGUGUGAGCAACAUUGGGGAUGUGGUCGAUGAUGAGGAAUGCAACAUGAAGCUCCGGCCAAAUGACAUCGAGAACUGCGACAUGGGACCCUGUGCAAAGAGCUGGUUCCUCACCGAGUGGAGUGAAAGGUGCUCAGCYGAGUGUGGGGUUGGAGUGAGGACUCGCUCAGUGGUGUGCAUGACCAACCACGUCAGCAGCCUGCCCUUGGAGGGCUGCGGGAACAACCGGCCAGCAGAGGCCACCCCGUGUGACAAUGGACCCUGCACUGGCAAGGUGGAGUGGUUCGCUGGGAGCUGGAGUCAGUGUUCCAUCGGGUGUGGGAGUGGGACACAGCAGAGGGAGGUGAUUUGUGUGAGGAAGAACGCAGACACUUAUGAAGUGCUGGACCCCUACGAAUGCUCCUUCCUGGAGAGACCCCCCAGCCAACAAUCGUGCCACCUCCAGCCUUGUGGAGCUAAAUGGUUUAGCACAGAAUGGAGCAUGUGCUCCAAGAGCUGCCAGGGUGGCUUCCGGGUCCGGGAAGUGAGGUGUCUGUCAGAUGAUAUGACCCUAAGUAAUCUCUGUGACCCUCAGUUGAAACCAGAAGAGAGAGAAUCUUGUAACCCCCAGGACUGUGUCCCUGAAGUUGACGAGAACUGCAAGGACAAGUACUACAACUGCAACGUGGUGGUCCAGGCCCGCCUCUGUGUCUACAACUACUACAAGACCGCCUGCUGUGCCUCUUGCACUCGUGUGGCCAGUAGGCAUGCGGGGUUCCUGGGGAGUAGAUAACACCCCGCAUUCCCGUCAGCAGGGCAUCAUCCCUGCCCUCCCGGGGGCUGUAAGCAAUGUGCCUGGCUGGAUCCCUGGCCCAGGACACUGCCAGUCAACUUCAUCACCACCCUUGCCUUUGGUCAAGUGUACCCAGGAGCUUUGUGCCCCGGAUGUUAGAAAGCCACAGUGGGUCCUUUAAUCAUCAUUAUGUACUGAUGACCCCUCCCUUGAGACCUGGCAUCUGCUAACGGUGCUCUCUGAAAACCAAGCCAUGGGAAACUCCGUAGCUCUCAGCCCAACUCCUGCCCUGGUGCUUUGCACGUAAGCAGACAGGCCACUAACCAAGCACUGCCUCAUCCCUGGUGUGACUGGCCUUCCAAAAUUAGCAUCCUUGGACAGUCAGAGGCAGCGCUCCGUCCCAAAGACCCGCCAAGCCUUGCUGAGACCUGUGCACCCUCUGUCACCUCAGCCUGGCUAUGCCUGUUUUCAUUCUCAAGGACAUUAGACUGUUUUGCUGCCUUAUGACACAGA